GAACGAGGACGUGUUUCCAAUGUAUACAAAUUCUACAUAUUUUCACAGUCGUUUAACAAGCAAAAUUUUACCUGAGUCAGCUCAGGUUAAUGGGAGCGUGUGAUUUUUCGAAGCAGAUGUUACCAAGUUUUACAAGAGGAUUGAUGAAGAUAAUAAAUUUGUAGCUGUUAGUGUUUUUUAAUUUUACAGGAUGCCAGGGAAGAGCAAAGAAGACACAUGGGGAGCGAAGGAAUUGACUGAAUCUAUCAAGGAAGCACGGUCAUCUGGGAAAAGCAAACACAGGGAUAGAGACCUUGAUAAAGAAAGAGAAAAGACAAGGGAUAAAGACAAAGACAGACAUAGGGAGAGAGAUAAAGAGCGUGAUAGAGAGAAAGAUAAAGAUAGACACAGAGACAAGGAUAAGGAAAGACAUCGAGAUAAAGAACAUGACCGUACAAGGGACAAGGAUAGAGACAGGCAUAGAGAUAAGGAACGAGACCAGGAAAGAGACAGAGAUCGUGACAAACACAGAGAAAAGGAAAAAGAAAGGAGAAAGGAUCGUGAAAAUGAAUCUUCAAAGGAGAAGGACAAAGAAAGAAGAAAAGAUCGUGAAAGGGAUUCCUCUAAAGAGAAGGACAAAGAAAGAAGAAAAGACCAUGGAAGGGAUUCCUCAAAAGAGAAGAACAGAGAAAGAAGAAAAGAUCGUGAAAGGGAUUCAUCAAGAGAUAAAGAAAAAAGCAAACACAGAGAGAAGGAAAAGGACAGAGACAGAGAAAAAAAGGAAAGAUCACAUGAUAACAGAGAGAGGGCAGAAAGGACAGACUCUGGAAAAAAGGAGAGACACAGAGAUAAAGAUGAGAAAAGGAGAGAACAAAGGAAUGAAGGCGGCAGUAGAGAUAGAGAUAAAUCAAGAGCCAAAGAUGAGGAGCGAGAUAGAAGAAGGGAGGAAAAAAGGCACAGAGAUAAAGACAGAGAGAGGAAAAGAGAAAAGGAAAGUCAUGAUAGUGACCGUGAGAAAAGGAAACAUAGAGACAAAGAUGGCUCAGCUGAAAGGAAGAAAAGGGAAAGGAGUGGAGAGCGUAAACAUCGAAAGGAACAUCGAGAAGAGAAAGAUAGAAGGAAAUCAGAAUAUAAGAAUGGCCGAGAUGAGAGACUGGAGGAGAAAGAUAAAAAGGAAAGAAGACGGCAUGAAAAUAAUCAUGAAGAUGAGGAUGAUGUAGGACAGGACAUUCACAAUGCACCAGAAAACAAUGAGCAAAAUCAAGAAGAAUCUCAUUAUGCCUAUGAAGAUGAUUUUGAAGAUUAUGAUGAUGACUUUGAAGAUGAUGAUGAAGAAGAAAAUGAAGAUCCUGUAAUGCCAAGUGAGAUUGAUAACCUAAGGAGGGCAAUGGCUGCUGAGAAUGAAGCUUUGAGACGAAGUGCAGAAUCACGUGACUCAAGAUCACAACAAUCAAGUGCAAACACCCGACCAACCACUUCUCGAACAGGGCGUACCUUUAUUAAUUUUGUAGCAGCCAAGCAGCGUGAGAUUAGUGAUCAGGUUUCUCAAAGGACUAAGAAAAGAGGUCAAGAACUCAUGACCUUGAUUGACCUUGACUCAACAGGUUUUGAUAUCUUUGAUAUGCCUCCUGUUAGGGAAUAUGACCGCUACAUUGCAAGCUUUGGCCGCUCAAACACUAAACAGGCUUUUGUACAGUGCAAUGAUGAUAACUUAGAUCGUGAUAUACAGACUGAAGAGAUUGAUAAGAAUGAUAGAUGGACCCAACAUCCACAGGAAGGUAGUGCUGCUACAGGAGGGAGCAAUGUUAAAGAAGAGGGUGAUGAAUUACCACUAGAAAGAGAGACAAACUCAUUACAAUUCAAUCGCUUUAUGGAGAAUGCCACUCAGCUGAUCUCUGUCCUGUUAGAUGAGCAAUUGGCCAAUAGAGUAGGAGGCAAGCUGGAGAGUAAUAAGAGGAGUAUUGUAUUCAGUGAUGGUUAUACACUUAUGAAUACUGGUACACCUAUACUACAAGGGCGUUCUAUCGUCAGAGUAGUAAUUCACCCAGUUCAAACAAACCUAAUCAUCACCAUGCAUUCUAUGCCUAAAGCAGAUUUAAUGAACAUUGAUGACAAAGAUUUGAAAGUGCUAGAGAAAGCAGGCUUAACCAAUAGAGGGCUAUUGUGUGUUUGGAAUAUUAAUGAGCCUUCAAGACCACAAAAGAUCCUGGUGUUGAAGUCUGUUCCUACAACAUGUACCUUUAGUCCAUCCAAGGCAACAAUGGCUUUCUGUGGAACAGUUGAUGGUUCAGUAUGUGUAUGGGAUCUUAGAGAACCCCCCAGUAUGCAUCAGAAGUGUGAGUUUGGUUGGGGUCAUAUAAUGGUUAGAGUACCAACCUAUAGUACAGAGGCUGGUUGUCCUGAGGAGAGUCACCAUAGUAGAGUGGUUGCUAUGCAACCUAUCGUCAGCUCUGAUGAUGCACAGAAAGCCACAUCCAAGUCAAACCUAAAUGAUGACUCAGUGGGAUUUUCCUUUCAGUUGGCAACUGUGGAUGAGAAAGGCACUAUCAGUUUCUGGGUUGUCAUAGAGAUUGACAAGCCUGAUGAUGCUGGUUCAGAGUCUGAUCUUGGCUUGGUACCAGGGGGUAGAGUCAAACUCAUCAAAAGUUCAUCUAUACAACUGCAGAUUCCAACGAGGGAACUUGGACCUACCUAUCAGCUGAAAGUGACUGAUUUGCAGCUUCUGCCCUCCAAUCCAAAUCAUUUCUUUGUUGCAACAGAUGCAGGGUUCAUCUCACAUGGGGCACGGAAUACAGAGAGGGUUUCCCCCAAGUACUUUUUGACCAAUGAUGGUGUUCCAGUUGGAGUCAAAUGCAUAGACUUCUCACCAUUUAACCUCCCAUGCUUCUUGGCUGCCAAUGGAGAUGGGAGUAUACAGCUCUUCAGUUCAGAAAGAGGUACUCCUCUUGUGAGUUGGCCUAAUUCCACACAAGGAAUGUCCAUAGUAGCAAUAUCAUGGUCCAGAUCCAGACCAUCUGUAUUCUUUGUGAUGGACAUUGCAUCCAAGGUCUAUGUUUGGGAACUACUAGAGAAUGACUCUGGACCGGUCAAAACAGAACAGUUUACGCGUGGAAGGUUAUCAGCUCUUGCUCUAGCCAAUGAUCAUGCAGCUACAGGAUGGGGUGUAGCAGGUAGAAAACCAGAAAUGAUUAUCACUGAUAAUAUGGGUUCUUUGGAUGUACAUGUUCUCAACUCGCGAUUCUCAUCUGCUAUUGGAAGUGAGUUAGAUGCCUUCAGUGAUCUUCUUCAGCAGCUAAUAUGAGGAAGAUAUUACUGAUGGUUGCUGGUAGAAAUACAAUGAAACCAUUUCCUUGGAUCUUAAGUUAGGGCUACAUGAUAUUGCUAAUUUAGGUAUUUGAUUAUCAUCAUUUGCGAUAUCAUUAUUAUAUUUCUCUAUGAAUAAUUGUAAAGGUAUAUUUAUGUGUCAAUUCUUCUCCAAUGAACAGAUGAAAAAAGAGCUAAUUGGGGUCUACAAUUUUCUAACCCUUUACUUUGGACCCUGUUAAGUUAGAUAAGAAUAAUGAUGAUCUUGGUUUAAUGUCAUUUUCUAAGUGAUUUGCAGCAGUUUGAAAACCCUCCUAUUAUACAACAUGAAAUGUGAUGUAUCUUUUACUCAGGAUCACCUAAUCCAUGUAAUGUCAAUCUUUUAUCCCUAUUUCAAUUAAUUUCUAUUCCUUAGUGGGUCAUAUUUUGAAAUUUCAUUCAAUAAAGAGAUUCAUUUUCAUUUGGCUGUGCUUUUGCAGCAAGUGUUCAUCCAUGAAAAUGAUCUUUUUUAACAAAAUGUGAAAAACAUAUCUCAUUCCUGAGAGUUUAGUAUUCUGCAGUAGAGCUGAAAUUUUAAUGCUUGAAUUUCUCGUUCUCAUUUUCAUCUUAUUUGUAAAAACCAUUUCUCUAACUCCCUCAUAACACUAAUCUGUUAUCAAAUAGUAUGAGUUAUGAAUUUGUUGAAAUGGGGAAGAAAAAGUACUGUAUAUGAAUAUGAAAAGUUAAAAUAUGCAAAGUGUGAUAUGAGCAAGAACCAAAAUGUACUUGGAUUGUUACAAUAGAUGGAUGAAAGGCAACUGUUUUGCAAAGAAAAACAUAGUAUAUUACAAGAUGAUAACAUUUUUAUGGGCACCUUUUUUU